AUGCAUUCACCAACGUACGGAUCCGACCCGACAGCACAACCAAACACAACCUUCGUACAAGCAGACCCCUCCAACUUCCGAUCAGUUGUUCAAAAACUAACCGGAGCAUCACAAGACCCAUCGGCUCAAAAACUCCCACUCACACUCCCAUCUCGUCUAACCCAAACCCACCGUCCACCACCACCCACCACCUCCGAACAACCAAUGGGCCCCAAAAAACCCAACUUCAAACUCCACGAACGCCGCUCCAAAAAACUUCAACUCACCGUUUCGGAAACACCCACCAUGUUCCAAAACAACAACAAUAACAUGAUGAUGAUGAUGUUGAUGAACAACAGCAACAACAACAGCAACAGCAACAUUAGAAGUGUUGUUAUGGCUUCACCAGUUUCUCCAUUAGAGUAUUACAUGCCACAUGGAAAUAGUCCAAAAUCACCAUACGAAGAAGAUGAAGAAAAAGAAGAAGAAGAAAAAGUGAUAGCUGAAAAAGGUUUCUAUUUGCACCCCUCUCCUCGAUCCUCUCAACAACCACCUCAACUCUUGCCUCUUUUUCCUUUGCAUUCUCCUUCCUCUCAAUCUCAUUCUUAA